UAGCAAUUGCAUAUAAUGUUUAAUGCUGGCAAUGCUUGGGAAAAUACUUGUGAUUUUUCCUGCAAUGAAAAUACUUUCUAUGGCGACGAUGCCAACAACGCGUUCUAUGAAUCGGAAGUGAAGCCACCUCAACAGCAGCAGCAACAUCAAAUUGCCAGUGGCAGUCUUUAUGGCUGUAGGCCAAUCAAUGAGCCAGCUGUGAACUUUAACAAUGGUGGCUUCUAUGCCAACCCAAACACGUCACGACCUCCGUUUCUCGGAGAUCGUGGCGGCAUCGGUGCGAUUUACAAUAGUUCGGUGGAGAUGACACGCUAUCAUCCGUAUCAACGGCCAUAUGCCAAUGUCUAUGGCUGUCCGCCGCAGCGACAGUUGCCCUCGCCGUAUAUGCGAGGUCCGGGUAUGAGGCUGUUGAAUCUGGAGACGCCGUGUCGUGACACUCAGCCUUGGGGCUAUGAGUAUUGCUAUGGUGGCUAUGCGCCCAAUCAUCCGGAGCCAUGUCAAUUCACGCAGUUUGUGGAUAUUGAGGACUUUAUGAACAAUGAGAAGCGCAAGGAAAAGUCUCGCGAUGCGGCACGUUGUCGUCGCUCCAAGGAGACGGAAAUCUUUAUGGAACUAUCGCAGGCGUUGCCCCUAAAACCCGACGAUGUCAAUCAGCUCGACAAGGCUUCGAUAAUGCGCAUUACAAUUGCCUAUCUCAAGAUACGUGAGAUGCUGCAGUUGGUGCCCAAGUGCAGUGAGCUCAUUAAACCGGAUAUUGACUCCAUCGAGGGGGCGCUGGUGAAGCCCAAGCUGGAGAACGAGAACGAGGAUUGGCUAAAGUGUGCCGAGGCCAGUCAGCUGUUGAAACAGACCAUGGAUGGCUUUUUGCUGGUGCUAUCCAAUGAGGGUGACAUCACCUAUGUUUCCGAGAACAUUAUCGACUACUUGGGCAUCACAAAGAUUGACACGCUGGGCCAACAGAUCUGGGAGUAUACGCAUCAGUGCGAUCAUGCGGAGAUCAAAGAGGCGCUCAAUCUCAAACGCAAUGGCAUCGCUGACAAGAUCAAGGAUGAGCAAUUGCUCGAAUCGGGGGUCAGCACACAUCAUCGCGAUCUAUUUGUGCGCAUGAAGUGCACAUUGACUAGCCGCGGACGCAGCAUCAACAUCAAGAGUGCCUCAUACAAGGUUAUUCACAUAACUGGACACUUGAGGGUCAAUAGCAAAGGCGAACGCGUGCUCAUCGCCAUUGGACGCCCCAUACCGCAUCCCUCGAACAUUGAAAUACCGCUGGGAACCAGCACAUUUUUGACCAAGCAUGCGCUAGAUAUGAAAUUCACCUACGUUGACGACAAAAUGCUUGGACUGAUGGGCUAUGUGCCCAGCGAUCUGAUGGAGACGUCGCUAUUCGAUUGUCAGCAUGGCGGCGACUCGGAGCGUCUAAUGGCCACCUUUAAGAGCGUGCUGAGCAAGGGUCAGGGCGAGACCUGUCGCUAUCGUUUUCUGGCCAAAUGCGGUGGCUAUUGCUGGAUUGUGACUCAGGCAACGAUUGUCUACGAUAAGCUGAAGCCGCAGAGUGUUGUCUGCGUCAACUAUGUCAUUAGUAAUCUUGAGAACAAACAUGAGAUUUAUUCACUUGCACAACAAACGGCGGCAAGUGAGCAAAAGGAACAGCAACAACCAGAAACACAGGAGCAACAAUUACCUGAAACUAACAACAACAACGACAUUGCAACUAAAACAACAACUGAGCAACAAGUUGUCGAUGAAGCAACAGCAACAACAGUUGUAGAUAAACCCAAAGUGAUUGAGACUGCUAACGAAACAACAGCAACAGAAACAAUAAUAACUGAACCAGUAGCAACCACCCAAUCAAGUCCAGCAACAUCAUCAACUGCAACUGCAACUGCUGCUACAAACCCACCAGCAACACCAGCAUCAAACACCACAACAACCUCAAUUCUAAACAACAAACAAACAGAAACUGAAUUGUUUAUCAAACGCGAAAACAUUUCUCCCGGACCGCGAACAAUUACCGCUCAAUUACUUAGCAACACUUGCAACAGCAACACCAACAACAACAACAACAGCAACUUGGUGCGUCCCAAAUCGGUAACAGCUUCGCUCAUACGCCCAACACCAACCACAGCAACAUCAACAACAUCAGCAGCAGCAACAACAACAUCUGCAGCAGCAACCGUUGCUGGUUACGUGAACAACAGCAACAAUAAGCAACGAAAUCAAACGUUAAACGUCGCCGCCGCUGCUGCUGCCGUCGCAUCACAGGCUUUGCCGCCCACAACAACAGCAACAGCUGCAAUUCUAUCCUCUAGCAAACAGCAGCAACAACAGCAGCAACAUCAACAGCAGCAACAACAAGAUAUGAAUAUAAAUAUGAAAGAAUUCGUAUUGUUUGCUGACGAUGGCCGAGGCUCAACAAUGCUGAAAGAGGAACCGGAUGAUCUGUCACAUCAUUUGGGCAGCGGACCCUGUAUACAAUCCGAUGUGAUGACGGCGUUCAGCGAGAUGUUGGGCCUGAUUGGCGAUCCCUUUUUGUCCGAUGAGAUCUCACUGGAUGCGACCACCUGCUCGACAACGGCGAGUGGUCAACACUACAACAGCAGCAACAAUAGCAGCUACAACAGCAACAGCAAUUGCCACAGCAGCAACAACAACAACACAAGCAGCAAUAGCAGCCACAAUAACAGCAGUAACAACAGCAAUAGCAAUAGUAGUAGAAAAAGUCACAGCGGCAGCAACACCAACAACAACAACAACAGCCAUCAACAGCAGCAGCAACAACAACUGCAUCAACAUCAUCACGAUAACAGCAACAGCAGCAGCAACAUCGAUCCGCUCUUCAACUAUCGCGAUGCAUCAAAUGACACCAGUUGCUCGCAGCAUCUGCACUCGCCCAGUGUACAAGCAAAGAGUCCCGAGAUCAGCAGCCUGCCUUCGCUGUGCAGCCCCAAUUCGCUAAGUUUGGAUGAGGAUUAUUCGUAUGAGGAAUUCGGCAAACGUGCUCCUUACAUCCCCCUCGACGAUGAUGUGCCCAUUGUGCUCGAACGUGAUCUGAUGUGGUCCUCAUCGGCAGCUAUGGCCAAGGAUGUCGAGGCCAUGCAACAGCAGCAGUUGCCGCAGUUCAAGCAGCAACAGCAGCAGCCCAUCAGCAGCUAUCAUCAACCACUGCAACAUCAGCAGCAACACCAACAGCAGCAGCAACAACAACAGCAGCAGCAGCAAUACUUUUCCAAUUCGCUGUGCUCGUCGCCCGCCUCGACAGUCUCCUCACUGUCGCCAUCGCCGGUGCAACAGCAUCAACAUCAGCAGCAACAGCAGCAGGAGCAGGCGAACGCUGUCUUCAACAAUGCCAGCGAAUUGGCUGCUUUGAUUUGUGGCACCGGUCCAGGCACGCUCUCCAUUCUUACCACACAUCAGCAGCAACAACAACAUCAGCAGCAGGAACAGCAGCAAGAGCAACAGUUGCAGCAACAACAGCAGCAGCAGCAACAAUUGCUACAACAGCUGCAGCAGCAGCAACAGGAGAUUAACGAGCAGCAGCAGCAGUUGCAGCAGCAACAAUUGCAGUCGGAUCAGCUUACUUUGAGCAUCGAGUGCAAGCGAGAGAAAUACGAUGCAGCCAGCUUUUGUCCUUGUUCUAUUGACGAUGCAUUUGAGACGGACUACAGCAAGGAUUCCACAAAUUUGGAUUGUUGGACGGAUUUGUUGCAGAUGGGCGAGGCAGCAGCUAGUCCAGCAUUGUCGCCUGCACCCAGCACCGUGACAACAUUGCAAAUGUUGCAGCAACAACAAGUGCAGCAGCAGCAACAACAGCAGCAGCAGAACAUUAUAUUGAAUGCCGUGCCAUUGAUCGCCAUACAGAAUAGCAAGAGUUUGUUGCAGCAAACUACGGAGCAGGAGGAACAAUUGUUGCAGCCAGCAAAUAAGUUGCCAGCAAUGAGGCUAUUGAAUGGCGCCAAUUUGGGUGCACUCAACACCAAGGCAGCCAUACGUCUCGUGGAGAGUAAAACGAGCAGCGCGCCGCUGGUGAAGACAACCGUGUUGCAAGCCUUGGUGCCACAGCAACAUGGCAACAAGCGACACUUGAACAGCGCUGCAGCAGCUGUGAGUGCUGUGGAAUCGAAGCGUUUGAAGAGCGGCACAAUGACCGUCGAAGUGCAGUCGCAGUCGCAAUCACAGUUGUUGCAACAGCUGAUGGGCAAGGAGCAACAGCAGCAGCAACAACAGCAGCCAACGAAGCGACAAUCGAACAGCGAACGCUGGUCGGCAGCGGAAGCCAAGCAGCAGAAGCAACAUCAGCAGCAACAACAGCAGCAGCAACAGUCGAAUUCGGUGCUAAAGAAUCUGCUAGUCAGUGGACGUGAUGUGAAUGUUGAAACUGCUGAACCCAUGGUAAUCGAUGACAACUCCAUGGACCAGGUGAUGACACCCAUCUUUGAAGUUGGUGAUGCCUCCAAGUACACCAUGCCGUUGCACUGUCACACUUCAACUGCUUCGGUGCUGCGCAACUAUCGCCAUAAUCCGCUGAUUAGUGGAACCAGUCUGCAGUUGUCGCCGGUGUUCCAGGCACCGAGCUGUGAUGGCGAUGCCAGUUCGGUGGCUUCUUUGGAUGAUUCCAUGCCGCCGGCUUUGACGCCUUGCGACACAGAUGCUUCCAGCGACAGUGGCAUCGAUGACAACAGUCUGGUUGAGGCGCGUAACCAACAGUUGACCCACAACAACAACAUCAAUGAGACCCAUGAACAGAACGAGACAACACCACCACCACUUGAUGUGGUUGCUUUGCCACCGGCACCGCCGCCGCUUGAGGCCGACAUCGAUGAGAAGGAGGAGGCACUUGCCAGCAAUGGCACCAGUCGUAAAUCUUCGAUUUCCUUCAUGGACAGCAGCAAUCCCCUGCAGCAUCACGAGCUGUGGAAGGAACUCUGCACCGCUGACUACAACAUGAGCGACAUGGAGUUGACCGAGAAUCAACUGGAGACGGUGCUGGGAUGGCCAGAGAUAGCCUAAGACCAGAACAUAGCACACUUUUCAUCCAAGAGGGGUCAAAACUGCAUUUUUACGUAGGCAUUUCUUUUGUUUAGAUUCUUUUUUGGCAUUGUUUGUUUGUUAUUUGCAACACGUUAAGAAAAAUGAUGAGAGAAUUUAAAAAUUUGAAGACGAAUCAAGUGAAAAUCAAAGCAUAUAACCAAAAGAUUGAUGUUAAUGAGCCUUGCGUAAAAAUAGAAAAAAAACCAAACACGAAAUGAAAAAAAAAACCCAAAAUUGACACACAAAAA